AUGACCACUCAAGAACCAGAACCAAACUCAACUUCAGAUCACAUCCUGGACUGGCUUGAAGAUUCAGUUACUUUCUUCCCAACUUUCUUGGAUGAUCCUUACCAUUCAAACGACAUCAAUGGCCUUCAGUGGUGGGAUGAGAGCCAUGAUCUGAUUCAUUCCAACACCACUUCUACUUCUCUCAACAACCUUACUAGCAUUGCUCUCCCUACCACCACAAGGCCCCCAAAUCCCACAAAUUUGAAUCAGCAGUCGCCGUCUGAUUCGUCCAAGAAACGAAAAGUCUCCGAUGACCAACAUAUUGAUCAGAAGAAUCAUGUCCGUCCGAUCAGUCAGGCGAGCCAGGGGGACCAAUUAGUUGAAGAAGUAGUGGUGCCAGUUAAGAGAACAAAUGGGAACAAAAAAGGCACAGCUAAGACUACAGGGAAUAACUGUAAUAACGGUAAUAGCAAGGAGGGGAGGUGGGCAGAGCAGUUACUAAACCCUUGUGCUUUAGCCAUAACAGGUGGGAAUCUGACACGUGUCCAACACCUUCUGUAUGUUCUGCAUGAACUUGCCUCUCUUACUGGCGACGCCAACCACCGCCUGGCGGCUCAUGGCCUCCGAGCACUGACUCAGCAUCUGUCCUCCUCUGCCCCCCAUGGCUCUGCCUCAGCACCACCUGUUACUUUUGCUUCCACAGAGCCAAGAUUUUUCCAAAAGUCUCUGCUCAAAUUCUAUGAGGUUAGUCCAUGGUUUGCUUUCCCAAAUAACAUUGCAAACUCUUCAAUUCUUCAACUUAUUGCUGAAGAAUCUGAUCGAACCCGAAACCUUCACAUUGUUGAUGUUGGUGUGUCUCAUGGUAUGCAAUGGCCUACUCUGCUUGAGGCCUUGACUCGGAGGCCAGGUGGUCCUCCCCCAUUGGUGAAGAUCACAGUUGUUUCUGCUGCUGCCAACACUGAAAAUAACCAAAACAGAGAGAACAGAGAGACCCCAUUUUCAAUAGGUCCUCCCGGUGACAAUUUCUCCUUUAGACUUCUUGGUUUUGCCAAGUCCAUGAACAUCAAUUUACAGAUCAACCGUCUCGACAAUCAACCAUUACAAAAUCUAAAUGCUCAAGUGAUUGACACCUCCAACGACGAACUGUUGAUUGUCUGUGUGCAAUUUAGACUCCACAACUUGAACCACAACACCCCGGAUGAAAGAACUGAGUUCUUGAAAGCACUGAGAAACAUGGAGCCAAAGGGGGUGAUCCUAAAUGAGAACAACAUGGAGUGUAGCUGCAACAAUUGUGGGGACUUCGCCACGGGGUUUUCGCGGCAAGUGGAGUACUUGUGGAGGUUCUUGGACUCAACUAGCUCGGCGUUCAAAGGGCGAGAGAGCGAUGAGAGGAGAGUGAUGGAAGGAGAGGCAGCAAAGGCUUUGACAAACCGCGGAGAGAUGAAUGAAGGGAAGGAUAAAUGGUGUGAGAGAAUGAAGGGGGUAGGGUUCGUAGGGCAGGUGUUUGGAGAGGAUGCCAUAGAUGGAGGAAGAGCCUUGCUGAGGAAGUAUGACAGCAAUUGGGAGAUGAGAAUGGAUGAGAAAGAUGGGUGUGCAGGGUUGUGGUGGAAAGGGCAGCCUGUUUCUUUUUGUUCAUUGUGGAAGACUGAUGUGAAAGUAAGUAACAGUUAA